AUGUAAUAAUUAAGCGCUUAUGCCUUGUAAUUCAAUUGAAUCUAUAUAUCAGACUAUAAGAGUUUGAGAAACAAAAUGAGCUAGAAAUAUUAUCGAUUAGAGAUGAAUUCUAAAAAGAUAUUACUUAUUUAUAUGAAGUUUAUAUAGACUAAUCCAAAUUUAAAGAUGAUGAAUUACUUAAAAAUCCAUUUUUUCAAGAUAAUUUAUUGACAGAGAAUUCAUUUCUAUAAAUUAUCAAAAAAGGAGAGGUAGAUACUCAAAUAGGUAAAAUUUAGAUAUUUUAUAUUAUAGGUACAAUGGGAACACCUUAUGCUUUAACUUUAAAUGAAAAGAAUUUAAAAAAUAAAGAUGAUCUGUAUAAAUUUAUAGUAAGAAAUUUAGAGAAUACUUUCACACUUUAGGAGAUAAGACAUAAUUCUUAUACAAUUAGUGUAAGUUUUUGUGAAUCUUUAAAAUCAUUUAUAAUUUCAUCAAGUGGAUAAACUAUAAUAUGUUAAGAUAAGAAUGAUAUAUAUAAAUAUCUCGAAUUAUAAGGAUGUGAAAGGGUGUGUAAAGUUAGUUAAUAAUUCUUUGAUGUUUAUUAGAAUAUGGAUUAUAAUCUUUAAAUAAAUUUAACUAAAGAUCUUAUACAUAGAAGUUUAGUUGGAUGCAGAAAUUCAUCCAAUUUUAUUGAAUGGUAUUCAAUUAUGGAACAUUAUAAGUCAUAAAGAAUAUUAUCACCUGAUAUUGUUAAAAGAUUUCUUAAUCAUUACAAUUUAGAACCUGCUAAAUCAAUUUAAUAAUAAACAAAUUUAUAAAAGUUUCCAUUAAUAUUUGAUUCAAUUUAUAAUUAAUUAAUAGAUAAAUAUCAUGAUUAUUUUAGAGGAAAAACUAUUUAUUUUUGGAAAGAUGAUAAAUAUUUAGGUAAUUGUUAUAUUCCUUCAAAACAUUUUUUAAUUUUAAAGGAAAUAAAAACUUAAGUAUUUAAUUCUAAAUUUAAUUCUCUUUAAAAAGAAUCAAAUAAUUUUCUUUAAUAAUUUAAUUUAAAUCAAUUAGAAUAUGAGUUUUAUUAAAAAUGCUUAAAUUUUAUAUUAAGUAUUCCUUAUAAUAAAAGAUCUAAUUAUAGUUUUAUGUAAUUAUCUAAUAUUGUUUUUAAUUGUAUUCAUAAAUAAUUAGAUUAUAUACCUUAAAAAUUAGAUUAAUAAAUUACUCUUGCUCAAUGUUUAUAAAGUAAACCAAUUAUUGUAGUAUUGAUUCCAGUUGGUAUUAAUGGAAUGGGAUAUGAUAAUAUUUGUUAAAUUAUAUUUAAAAUAAGUGAAGGUGUUAAAAUAGUAAGUAAAACUCAUGAAAUUAAUGAUAAUAAUAUGCUAUAUUUAUAUGAUUAAAUUUGUUCACUUAAAAAGUUACAAUUAAUAAAUGAUUAAUUAAAAUAACUUCCUUAUGAUGUUAGAACUGUUGCAUUAUAUCCAGAAUGUUCACAUUAUUAUUUAUCUAAAAAGAAAUAUAGAUUUCCAUUCUCUUUUAAAUUUAUUAUGUUUUGUUUAUUACAAGUAUUAGAGGAUAGAGAUUAAGUUAAUUAGAUAAUUAAUUAAUUAAAAGAAUUUGAAAAUCAGAAUUUCAAUCAUCUUCCAUCUGAUUAUUAAAUUAGUUGUAAUUAUAUGCCAAAAAAUAAGGAGACUGAUGAUCUAUAUAGUGAAAUAGUGGAGUCAGAUUUCAAAGCAGCUUUUUCAUUAACAAAUGAUUAUUUGAUAGAAAGUUUAUCUUAAUAUAAAGAUUCAGUAGGAUAUAUUCCUGAAAAUCAUUUGUGGGAUUAAGCAAGGAAGAUAAUUAAUGAAAUAGAAGAGAAAGUUAAAGUAAAUAUAACAAAAAAGAAAUAAAAAUAUAUUAAAAGUUAAGCCAAUAAAAUAUAAUAUGGAUUGUAUAUUUAAAAUCCUAAUUGGGAAGAAAUUGAUAAUUUUAUUUUUGAUUGUUUGGAGAUUAUUGUAUAGAAUUAUCCAAGAGAUACUAAAAUCAAUAUUAUGUAUAAAUAAUUGAAAUAAUAAUUAUUUUAAGGAAAAAACUUAUAAUUCUAUUUUAGAGAAAAAUAACCAUAUAUGUUAUCCAAAAAAUUAGAAUAAAAAUAAUGGUCUGUAUAGUUAUAAGUGGCUAUAAUUGUAAUAGAUGGAAUCAUAAUAUUAUAACCUUAAGAUUUAGGGUUAAAUCUUUUAUAAGAUAUUCCAAUUUAUUCUAAUAAUCUUGUAGUAACAAAAUCAGAAAAGAUUGCAAAUUUAGUAAGAAAGAAUGUAGAGAAACUUUAGGAUAACAAUACAAAAGAGGGAACUUUAAUUAAGUAGGAUAUAGAUAUGAAACAUUAAAGUUGGAAUGUAUUUAUAGUGAAAUGGAAACCAAUAAAUAUUAAAUUAAUUGAGAAUUUAGUGAUUUGA